GUGCGACAGUGUCUCUGUUUUAGCCAUGUGUUUUUAACAGUGGCGAAAAACUGUGAAUUUGGAAACCAGUUGGACAAAUAACAUCUGAAACAUCAGCUCCAACAUGGAGCCUUCAUCAUCAUCACCAUCACCAUCACCAUCAGCAGCAGCAGCAGCAACAGCAGCAAGCAACAGAGUGAAAAGAAAGAGCACUGCCCUGACAGCACAUGAAGAGGCCAAGAGAUUAAAAACCGAGCAAGGAGGUGAGGGGGUGGUGGAGUGUCCACAUCCGCCCCGCUUACCGAGGAUCUCUGUGCCGCUUGACCGCCUCCGGCAACCAAUUACACUGAAUGAGCUGACAGAGCUGCUGCAUUAUGCCGCUCUGGGGAAAGCAGGCGGCAUCAAACAGCCCAGUUGGUGUCGUCUCCACCACCAGAGGAAAGUUAAAGGUGUGAAUGUUGUCGUCGUGGAGGGUCUGACUCAGAGUCACUUUUACAAACACUACCUCACCCUGCGACACCUCAGGACCAACUACAGCUCUAGGGUCACCUUCACUCCAUCAUCCAACAACGUAGCGUCUGAAAUCUUCAGCAGUGAACCUAAAUCAGAGGGUCCAUCGCUUUCACACAAGGAAAACAAUGAAUUGCACAAAGCUCUGAAGAAUCACCCAGUAAUCACCAAGUUUGGGAUACGGAGGAGAGGACUGACAGCGUACGUCCUCAUCGAGGAGGAGAUGAUCAAGAGACACUACCCUGUGAAAGGAAUGCCAGGGUUUGAGGAGUUUGUGUGCAUAGACAGUGUUGACCGUGUGACUGACGGCAGCCCUCUGUAUGGACUCGACUGUGAAAUGUGUCUUACAGAAAAGGGAAAUGAGCUGGCUCGUGUUUCUCUGGUGGAUAGUGAUGGGAACUGUGUGCUGGACGAGCUGGUGAAACCUCAGAACCGCAUCCUCAACUACCUCACCAGGUUCUCUGGUAUCACUGCAGCGAUGUUGCGACCGAUCACAACCACCCUGCGGGAUGUUCAGGCAAAGCUCAGGGCUGUGUUGCCACGGGACGCCGUCCUGGUCGGCCAUUCACUUAACAACGACCUCAUAGCUCUGAAACUGAUCCACCGGCAUGUAAUCGACACCUCACUGCUGUACAGGAGAGAGUUUGGACAGAGGUUUAAGCUUAAGGUCUUAGCGGAGACAGUGCUGAAGAGGCAAAUACAAACUGAAGAGGGAAAGGGUCAUAAUCCCAUCGAGGAUGCAGUGGCAGCCCUGGAGCUGGCCCAGUAUUUUAUUAAAACAGGACCCCGUCAGGUUGUGGAGCAUCAUCUGGAGGAGCUGUGGGGAUACACAAUAGAGGAGGAGUUCACUGACCCUGCACCUGCACCUGCACCUGCACCUGCACCUGCAUUUAGUCACAGGUUUGCCGACGUAUUGCAGACACUCGGCCGGUCGGUAGCCUUUUUCGGGAGGCGUUCUGACGUAGCCCUGGACCUGUCCAAUCAGCAGUGGCACAACUCUGACAAUGAGUUGUUGGCAUCUUUCAGGAGACAGAUCAAGCAUCCGUUCCUCUCAGUGCUCCAUUUCUCUUCCCUCUCAGACCACCUGAAGGGGUGCGUUCCUCCUCAGGAGCAGCAGUACCAGCGGGUGUGUGCAAACCUUCGCGAUAUGUGUGUCGUAUUUGGCGGGCCGUUCCCUGCGGGUUUCUCUGAGAGGGAAGUGAAGCGUCUUUUUGGUUGCUGUGGACCGGUUCGGAAAAUCAAAAUGCUGAACACGUCCGUCAGGGUCCAUGCAGAGGUAGAGUUCGAGCUGCUGGAGGGAGCUACGCUGGCUUUAAAAACUUUGAAUGGGCUUAAUUUGCAGGGGCAGUCCAUCAAGGUCAAGAGGCCUGUUAAUGAGUCAAUGCUGGACCUGGAGGUCACUCUCGAUGCUUUGAUGGAUGACGUUCUCAACACCGGUCACCUCUUUGCUGUUAAAUUAAAGCCCAGUGUGACUGAGUCCAUAAACCUUUCUGCAAAGGUCAAUGGACACACAUUAGAUGCAGGUGCAACCUCUGUUAAAACAGUAAAUGGGUUUCAGCCUGCUAAAGUGAACGGUAAACGGCUGCAGCUGACCGCCACAAAGUCUGGACUGUCUGAGGAAACAGUCAGAGAGACAUUUGGUCACUUUGGGACGGUGGAGAGAAUCGUCCUGCCUGCCAAACCUGGAAAACAUGCAAGACAUGCAGACAUACAGUUUGAGAGUUCAGAGGGCAAACACGCAGCCCUCAGCUCCUCCGAGGACCUCUGGAAGGAGGACUACAUCAUCUGUCCAUCCCUGACUCCGCCCCACUUGCGUUCAUGGGCUGCCAUGACAACAACAGUGACUACAGUGGAUGCUGAGGUGGAAGACGAUGAGAGGACCUGCGUGCACACCAGUAAUCAGGACCAGAAAAUGGAGCUCAUGAUGGGGAAAUUGGACCGCCGCCUCGGGAAGCUCUUCAGAUCUCUCCCAGACUGCACCCUGUGUGUGGUUGUGCUGCUUGGACAUACCAGUGCUCAUGGACACCUUCCUGGUUUGUGCUUUAUGGAGGUCAAGUAAGGGUCUAGAGGAGAUCAGUGAUCCAGCAGAAACCUGCGCUAACAAAAUACCUUCCUCUCCAGUGAUGCCUGUUCAGUGGAUGAACUGACACAGCUGAAAUCAAUGAUGAUAAAAAAUAAAUUGCCAGAGACUUCCUUCCUGUUUACUGAGCGUGUUAUCUCUGCAUGGUACACUUUUCUAUUUGGCACAUGUAUAUUAAAGGCAAGUUAAAACUAAAAUAUUUUUGUGGCCUGGAAAUAAGCAAAGCUACAAAAGUAGCUUUCGGCUUUGGUACAAAAUUAUUUUCAUAACAAUAAACCCUCCUAAUUUGUACAAGCAUUGUUGGCCUUUGGUUUUACUUGACUAGACUCUUAAUUGGAAACAUUAAUGGAAGUCGGACGAACUACAGAACUGUGCAACACACGCUGGAGUAAAGAUUACAACUCUCCCAGAUCCCAUUAGUUCUACUGGAAGAAAAACAAACAUGGCAGUCUCAUUAGAUGAUGUCAAAUCCACGUCAUUAUCAUACACAAUCACAUAUGAACUGAUGUAUCAUGGAUACUAUUAAUGUUUUUAAAUGAAGUGUCACUUUUUCAAUGAAAAAGACUUUUCUAUGGAGCAGUAUUUAUCAUAAAGGAUCUAUGCAUUUUGAUG